AUGAUUUCGCCCCUAAAGAUUUCGAUUGUCCUAUCAAGCGUCGCAGCAGUGCAGGCUGCCUACCACGCGACGGCUGGAGAUUCAGAGGUCACCUACGCCCAUCGCAUCUACCAUGACUUUCGCUCCUUGGAUGAUACGGGGAACCUCUACAAGAGCGAGCCCGCAAACAUCACAAGUGAUGAGGAAUCAUCUGCGGCUCCCAUCCAGGAAGGGUACCUCUCGUCCGAUGCAUUUGUGAACGACUGGGGUAUCCAGACUUGGGAUUCACCAGCGGGAGAGGAUACGCCUCUGCGAAAGCAGUACAGCAAUGGCAAUGUCUACAUUAAACGCGACGAGGAGACCUCAGCAACCCACCUGGUCCUCCGCGCAUACCGCAAUGAAGACUUCGUCUCCGCCGGCGAAAUCGACAGCAAACUGUCCAAUAUUUUCCAUGCGUCCAUUCGCGUCCGUGCCAGAGUGCGCGGUGAAUCCGGAGCCUGCGCCGGCAUCUUCACCUACUUCGACGAUGACAACGAGAGCGAUAUCGAGAUCCUGACUCGGGAUGAAACAAACCACAUCCGUUACACUAACCAGCCCGGCCUAGACGACGCCGGGAAUGAGAUCCCCGAGGCUUCCACUGAUGCUGUCAUGAAGAAUGGAGCUGUCUGGACGGAGUGGAAUGACCACCGCUUGGACUGGACUCCUGAGCUUAGUGCUUGGUAUUUGAACGGGGAGCAGGCUGUGACGAAGACGUAUGGAAUUCCGAAGAAUCCGAGCUCUGUUAUCCUGAAUAUGUGGAGUGAUGGUGGCGUGUGGUCGGGAGAGUUGGAUGUUGGAUCUGCUGCGUAUCUCGAAAUCCAGUGGAUCGAGGUGCUGUAUAAUACAUCCGAAUAG